AUGCUCCAGAAGGAGAUGCUUGUCUCAGCCUCCCACCACCCGUCACACCCAAGCCAAGCAGAAGAUGGCAGGCCCUCCGCCACCUGCACCUUGGAGGAGGGGCUGUCUCCAUGCCACCUGCUGACAGUGAGGGUCAUCCGGAUGAAAAACGUCCAACAAGCUGACGUGGUAAGCCAGACAGACUGCUUUGUGAGCCUCUGGCUGCCCACAAGCUCUCCUAAGAGGCUGAGGACUAGGACCAUCUCCAACUGCCGAAACCCAGAGUGGAAUGAAAGCUUCAAGUUCCAGAUCCAGACCCGGGUGAAGAACGUGCUAGAGCUGAGCGUCUGUGAUGACGACACGUUGACACCAGAUGACCAUGUCUUGACAGUUCUCUAUGACCUCACCAAGCUCUGCUUCCGAGAGAAAACCCACGUGAAGUUCCCACUCAACAGAGAGGGCAUGGAGGAGCUGGAGGUGGAGUUCCUGCUGGAGGAGAGCCCCUCUCCACCUGAGAGUCUCAUCACGAACGGCGUGCUGGUGUCUCGACAAAUGUCCUGCCUGGAGGUUCAUGCAGAAUCCAGGAGACAGAAGAAUAGGAAAGUGAAGGGCCUCCCGGUGACAGUGACGGAGUCCUUCGAGCACACCCAGCACAUCUCACACUGCCUGGAGCCCUGCGGCCCAAACCCUGCCUGCUUCCACUACCCCAAGUACUUCCAGCCCCAGGUCCACGUGGAGGUGCCCAAGAGCCAGUGGAGCUCUGUGCUUUGCUGCUGCAGUGCGUGCAAGAACGACCCUGUGUGCCAGUCCCUGGAUUGCCUCCCUGACGGCCAGGCGGUGACCCUGCCUGUGAACAAGAAUUGUGAAUUACACAUGAAAUCUACACCCUGCUCCGAGGCACUGGACGUGCGGCUAGGCUUCAGCCUGUGCCAGGCAGAGCUGGAGUUCCUGCAGAAGCGGAGGGUGGUGGUGGCUGAGGCGCUGAAGCAGGUGUUGCAGCUGGAGGAGGACCUGCAGGCAGACGAGGUCCCGCUGAUAUCCAUCAUGGCCACUGGGGGUGGGACAAGAUCCAUGACUGCCAUGUAUGGCCACCUGCUGGGGCUGCAGAAGCUGAACAUCCUGAACUGUGCCAGCUACAUCACUGGCCUGUCAGGGGCCACCUGGACCAUGGCUACCUUGUACCGUGACCCUGACUGGUCCUCCAAAAACCUGGAGCUUGCCAUCCUCGAGGCGCGGAGGCACGUAGUCAAGGACAAGACGCCCGCUCUGUUCCCAGAUCAGCUCCUCAAAUUCCGGGAGGAGCUGCAGCAGCGCAGGCAGGAAGGCUACAAAGUCACCUUCACAGACUUCUGGGGUCUGCUGGUUGAGGCCUGUCUGGGGGACGAGAGAUAUGAAUGCAAACUGUCAGAUCAGCGUGCUGCUUUGUGUCAGGGCCAGAACCCCCUGCCCAUCUACCUCACCAUCAAUGUCAAGGAUGAUGUAAGCAACCAGGAUUUCAGAGAGUGGUUCGAGUUCUCCCCCUACGAGGUGGGCCUGCAGAAGUAUGGAGCCUUCAUUCCCACCGAGCUCUUCGGCUCCGAGUUCUUCAUGGGGCGGCUGAUGAGGAGGAUCCCAGAGUCGCGGAUAUGCUACAUGCUAGGUCUGUGGAGCAGCAUCUUCUCCCUGAACCUGCUCGAUGCCUGGAAUUUGUCCCACACCUCGGAGGAGUUUUUCCACAGGUGGACAAGGGAGAGAGUGCAUGAUAUCGAAGAUGAGCCACUCCUACCUGAAAUCCCUAAAUGUGAUGCCAACAUGCUGGACACCACGGUGGUGAUGCCAGGGUCAUGGCUGUCCAAUACUUUCCGCAACAUCCUCACCUCCCGGGCCUUUUUGUCUGAGUUCCACAACUUCCUGCUGGGGCUGCAGAUGCACACCGACUACUACCAGAAUGGCCAGUUCUCCACGUGGAAGGACUCGGUGCUAGAUGGCUUCCCAAACAAGCUGACAGCGUCCGUGAACCACUUGUGCCUGCUGGACACUGCAUUCGUCAUCAACUCCAGCUACCCGCCCGUCCUCAGGCCGGAGAGAAAAGCUGACCUCAUCAUCCACCUCAAUUACUGUGCUGGGUCCCAGACAAAGCCCGUGAAACAAACCUGCAAGUACUGCACCGAGCAGAACAUCCCCUUCCCCAAAUAUGAGGUGCAGGAGGAGGAGGAUAACCUCAAGGAGUGCUACCUGAUGGAGAGCUCCCAGGAGCCCGAUGCCCCCACUGUGAUUUUCUUCCCACUCAUCAGCGACACCUUCCAAAAGUACAAGGCCCCAGGUGUGGAGCGAAGCCCCGAGGAGCUGGAGCAGGGCCAGGUUGACAUCUAUGGUCCCAAAUCUCCCUACGCCACCAAGGAGCUGACGUACACAGAGGCCACCUUCGACAAGCUGGUGAAGCUCUCCGAAUAUAACAUCCUGAAUAACAAGGACAAGCUCCUUCAGGCCUUGCGACUAGCAGUAGAGAAGAAGAAAUGCCUGAAGAGCCAGUGUCCCCCUAAAGUCCCAGGACACCCGUAAAGAGUCCCCCCUAAAGUCCCAGGACAGUCCUGUGUCUGCUUCUAGCAUCAGAGGUGCAGAACCCAGGGCUGACCGGCCCUCAGAGCCACCUCCGCUGCCUAGCAAGGGCUGCAGGCAGGCUGGCCUGGGCUUUCUAUCAAAAAAAUUAAAAUUAAAAAAAAAAAGGUUGAAGGAGAAAGAGAAAGAGACAAAGGAAAAUAACAAGGGGAUGUAAUGGGGCUUUAUACCCACUGGAAUUUUUUUUUAAACAUCUUUAUUGGAGUAUAAUUGCUUUACACUGUUGUGUUAGUUGCUGCUGUAUAACAAAGUAAAUCAGCUAUAUGUGUACAUAUAUCCCCAUAUCCUCUCCCUCUUGCAUCUCCCUCCCACCCUCCCUAUCCCACCCCUCUAGGUGGUCACAAAGUACGGAGCUGAUUUCCCUGUGCUAUGCAGCUGCUACUCACUAGCUAUCUAUUUUACAUUUGGUAGUGUAUAUAUGUCCAUGCCACUUUCUCACUUCGUCCCAGCUUCCCCUUCCCCCUCCCAGUGUCCUCAAGUCCAUUCUCUAUGUCUGGGUCUUUAUUCCUGUCCUGCCCCUAGGUACAUCAGAACCUUUUUUUUUUUUUUUUUUUUAGAUUCCAUAUAUAUGUGUUAGCAUACAUGUAUAUUUUGUUUUUCUCUUCCUACUUACUUCACUCUGUAUGACGGACUCUAGGUCCAUCCACCUCACUACAAAUAGUUCAAUUUCAUUUCUUUUUAUGGCUGAGUAAUAUUCCAUUGUAUAUAUCUGCCACAUCUUCUUUAUCCAUUUGUCUGUUGAUAGACACUUAGGUUGCUUCUGUGUCCUGGCUAUUGUACAUCGUGCUACGAUGAAUAUUGUGGUACAUGUCUCUUUGAAUUAUGGUUUUCUCAGGGUAUAUGCCCAGUAGUAUACCCACUGGAAUUUUUUUUAAACCUUCCCUGCAGGGAAGGGGAUCCAAGAGCCACAGGCUCCCACACAUGCCUGAAGUGUGGAGAAUAAUAGCAUGGCCCAAUUUUAUUUAUAUAAGAGGCUGGUUCCCCAGAAACCUCGGAUUCGGACCUGGAACUCAAAGCCCUCCCCUCACUACUCCUCUCUGCUCAGGAAAUGCACAAGAGGACCUGAGAAGCAUUCUGGGUUCUCUGGAAAAAUGCUUUUUAAUUUUUUUUAUUUCUGAAGGUGGUCUUUAUUUUUUUUAAUUUUUUAACAUCUUUAUUGGAGUAUAAUUGCUUUACAAUGGUGUGUUAGUUUCUGCUUUAUAACAAGGUGAAUCAGCUAUACAUAUACAUAUACAUAUAUCCCCAUAUCUCCUCCCUCUUGCGUCUCCCUCCCACCCUCCCUAUCCCACUCCUCUAGGUGGUCACAAAGCACAGAGCUGAUCUCCCUGUGCUAUGCGGCUGCUUCCCACUAGCUGUCUGGUUUACAUUUGGCAUUUGGUAAUGUAUAUAUGUCCAUGCUACUCUCUCACUUCGUCCCAGCUUACCCUUCCCCCUCCCCGUGUCCUCAAGUCCAUUCUCUAUGUCUGCAUCUUUAUUGCCAUCCUGCCCAUAGGUUCUUUGUAACCAUUUUGUUGUUUUUUUUUUUUUUAGAUUCCAUAUAUAUGUGUUAGCAUACGGUGUUUUUCUCUUUCUGACCUCAAAUGCUUUUUUAAAUUUAAUGCAAUUGUAUUCUUGUGAUUUUUAUAGGCAACUGUAUUUUGUGAUUUUUAUUUUUAUGAAUCAGCUUAUUACUAGGAAGCAUAAUGCUUGAAGAUCUAGAUGGAGCACUAGAGACAUCCUGGUCUCUUCAACAACAAACACAAACAGGUGAUGGGGUUUCAGCAGCCCCUCUGCAACCACUUAAAGGCCGAGGACAAGUGAUCCUUUUGAUCCCCACUGGGCAGCCUCGACUGAGCAUCCAGCUCCGGCGAAAUGCCAGGCAAAGCCCAAGUCUGCAGCUCCAGUUCACCAAACAAGGAUCUGGGAUGCAGCUCUGGGACGUCUGGGCAGGUACCUGAGGCAUCAGGUGAGUGAUGCUGCCUGGUGCCACCACUCCACAGGGCCACCACUCGCUGACCAACCUGCUCCAGAGGCACUUCUCCAACCCUAACCCUCCUCUCUGGUUUCCAGAUGGUAUUACUUAUUUCUAAGCGGCAUUUCUCUGAUUUAUCAUGUAAACACCAUGGCCAGAACAUCCCAACUCUUGAAGAGUCACCCUGAGAUAACAAAACUGGAAAGGAUCAACCCAGAAAGGAGUAGGUUAACCCUGAGGGAAAUGCUCAUCUUUGGAGAUGGUUUCCAGAUGAAUCUCUGGGAAAGCCCUGGGACACAGAAGCUCAAAGUAUCCACAUCUCCCAUCAGGCUGGGAACUUAACUAAAGAAAUGUGUAGGACUUCCCUGGUGGCGCAGUGGUUAAGAAUCCGCCUGCCAAUGCAGGGGACACAGGUUCAAGCCCUGGUCUGGGAAGAUCCCACAUGCGCGGAGCAACUAAGCCCAUGCGCCACAACUGCUGAGCCCA